AUGGGCUGCCUGAGUAUAUCCCAAAGCCUGCGCAUAGUGGAGGCGGCGCUGUGUGGCCUGAGUGUGAUCCUCUUCUGGGCCCGGCACCAGGCCAUCUCACCCUACGGCGUGUGGUGCGAGUUCUGCUGGGUCUUCGGCGUCAUCGUGGCCCUGGCCAUCCUGGUGGUGGAGACCUUCAAGCUGGACCUGCUGCUGGCCGUGUGCCUGCAGCACAGCUGGGACGACCUGGCCACGGGCCUCACGCUCACCUGCGCAGAGAUGGUGCUGUCGGCCUCCCUCCUCUACGCCAUCCGCGUCAUGCCCUGCAAGACCUGCUUCCUGGAGAUCGUCUGUGUCAUCCUGUCCUUUGGCGCCGCGCUGGUGUUCCUGGUGGACGGGGUGAUGGCCAAGAUUAAGUCCAAGAGCAUGACUGGCGGAUACCUGGCGGCCAUUUGCGGAAUGCUGCGCUUCACCGAAGCCGUGCUCUCCUGCAUCCUCCUCGUCGCCUUCGCGUCAUAUUUCUUUGCCGUGGGAACGACGAAAAUCCCACUGGCCUUAGGCUGGUGCUUGUUGGUGUACCUGGUCUGUUUUGUUGGGAGCGUGCUGAUCAUGCUUUUCAACCUGAUCAAGUUGUUAAAAGCCCUGCUGUGUGUGGAUAAGAUCGAGGUGAUCUUCAACAUUGUAGCCGUGGUGCUCUACAUCUCCGCUCUCAUCCUCUGGCCCAUCUACGGGAAGCGGCAUUACUACAGCGUCUUCAAGUCUGACAGUGAAGGCCGCUCGGUUUCAAACUAUGGCUUCCGCUACAGUGACCUCAUGACCGUGUUGGCCUUGACGGUGGUGAAUUUGAUACUGUAUGCGGUGGACAUGAUUUUGUCUCUGGUGAAUCUCAACAACCGCUGAACUGUAAAGAGGAGAGGUAAUGAAGCUGAAG